AUGGCAACAAGGCUUCGAGAAGGUCGCAGCGACAUGGUCAAGAGUUCACAGCUAGAAGUCUUGGCUAUAUCGCCUGCGGUGCAUUGCGAUGUAGCCAGUUUUAUUGGAUCCAAAACAUCUGUUGUCUGAAACUAAGGCGUGUGAAAAAUAUAGUCACAGGAUUUUAAUGUCGCGUUCAAAGUAAUUUGGCGAAAAUCAUAAUUAUCUAACUUUUCGAAGUAUACAUAGGUACAACGGAAAAAUUUCCUUUGAGGAUCCUCAAAUGAGAUCCUUAGAAGAGGAGCUGGAAAUGUUCCUUAAAAAAAUUAAAUGAUGGGAAAAAGAUCUUAUAGUUUUCUGCGUUUUUAAAUACUUUCUCAAAGUUUUUGAGGCAUGUCCAAGAGGCAAAGUACGCUGUUAUCAUUUUUCCAAAAAAAUGGCGAAGGAGGAAAGAAAAAGCCUGAAGAAGAUUGCAAGCAAGAAAUGAAGCAAGGUAAUUGUAUUUUUAAUAUUUAUUUUAAUUUCUAUUUCAAGAAAAAAAGUUCCCGUGAAAAGGGUUUUGAAUCGAGAAGACGACGAAAAUUCUUCCCCCUUCAAAACGCCAAAAUCAGCAAAGCGGCGUCGUGUGGUGGUGUCUUCUGACGACGAGGAUGUCACAGAAGAGAAGAAAACUGAAACGCCAAGAAGAAAUUUAGUUGAGGUAUGAAGGAGGAGUGUUGUAAGAGAGAGUAAUGUAUUAUAAAGAGCACUCCGAAGUCAAGGAAACCACUGGAGACGCCAAAAAGGAAAGGCGAGCUCAAUUCUGAGAUGGCAGAAUCAUUCAUCGAAUCCUUCCGUUUCACGAAGCAUGAAGUCGUUCACUAUUCGCUUUCUUUAUAUGUUUCAUAAAGUUCUCAGGUCGCUUCAUCGGUUGACACGCCAAGAAAGUCGAGCGAGAAUCCAUUUGCGGUAAUCGACGAGUUCGACAAAUUCGAACAUGAGAAGCUGACUUUUCUCCUGGUUUGAGCUUAUUGACUUUUUCAUGAAAGUCUGGACGGUUGUAGCCUGGAAAACGGAGAGAUGCUGAAAAACGGCUCGAGACAGACCCCGAAUACGAUCCAACUACGCUUUUCGUCCCUGCCGAUUUUUUGAGUAAACAAACUCCUGGUAGGAUCUUUUUAUUGGCAAUAUAUCAGAUAGGUUUUAAGGCCACAAACAGUGGUGGAUUUUCAAAAGCAAACAUUUCGACACGGUUUUGCUGUUCAAAGUGGGAAAGUUCUACGAGCUCUACCACAUGGAUGCGUCGACGGCAGUUUCCUGUUUGAACAUUGCCUUCAUGAGAGUGAGGCGAGCAUCUUCUGAAUCAAACCAAGUCACCUUCCAGGGCUCCUACGCUCAUUGUGGAUUCCCCGAGCACGCUUACGGCAAGUUUGCAGACCAACUAGUGGCCAGAGGACACAAGGUUGCGCGCAUCGAACAAACCGAAACUCCGGCGCAGCUCGAGGAACGCAAUCUCAAAUCGGGCGGACCAAAAGAAAAAGUCGUCAAAAGGUUGGUUUUUUUCUUUUUCUUGUUGAAAAUGGGAGAUUUUUAGGGAGUUGUGUCGUAUCACGAGUGUUGGAACGAAAACUUAUGGAAUCUUAGAUGGAGUUGAGUUGGGCCAGAGCAAUUCUAUGGGCGACACUUCUUCCAAGCAUCUGCUUGCGAUCAAAGAAAGUGUGGGUAUAUCGUAGUAUUUAUUUAAAAAUAAAAAUCAUACUAGAAAACUUUCUGAAAAUGUUGAGCCUGCUUGAAAGGCCGUGUUCUUUUGGUGGUAUGAAAAAACCAGCGAAUUUUUCGAAUGGCGACUUUUUCCGUUUUUUCAUAUCGCUAGGGAACUUUCCUACUUUUUGGCCAUUUUCGGUUUAGAAAAAGAUUUGUUAACAUUGUUUUUCUUUUUUUCUUUGUGUUCAUGAAUUGAUUACCGGUUUUAUUUAUGAAGAUUCAAAACGAAGAGUUUAUUGGGUAAGGAAAAGUCGCAAACUUCACAGUCCCAAAGUUCUCUAGCGAUAUGAAAACAUAGGAAAAGUUGCCGUUCGAAAAUUCGCUAACUUUACGUCAAAUGUUUUUUUUUUUUGCAAAAUCAAAAUUAUACCUAUGCAUCAGUUUGGCAUCGGAUUUUUCAAGGUAGACCCGAAAAACUCGUCAUCUAUCUACGGCGUUUGCUGCGUCGACACUUCGACGGGCGCCUUCCAACUGAGCCAAUUCAAUGACGACGAGUAUAGAUCCUUCCUCCGCACAUUCAUCGCCAAUAAUUGCAUUGCGCAGGUUAUUUUUGACCAAUCUGUUUUUUCCUAGCUGUUCUUUUCAGGUUUUGAUUGAACGUGGAUCGUAUUCCCCUGGAACGAAGGCCCUUCUUAAUGGGAUGCUGUGCUCGGUUCCCACCGAAGUUUUGGCUCCUGGAAAAGAUUUCUACACCUGCGAGAGAACUGUUAAGGAGGUUCGCUUUUUCAUUAAUGUUUUUUCCGCUUUGAGAGGUUUUUUCGAAUAGUAUUGCUGCUUGCAAAAACAUCUGCAUUGGAUUGGGUAAUUAGAAAAGUUAAGAAAAAAAUCCAGAAUCACCCCCUCGCACUGUUUUUACUUUAUUCAUGAAUGGCCUCCCGCAGUGAAAAACCGCUCCUGAAACGUCUAGGCAAUCUUUCAUAUUCGCCGAAGCUAUAUUGGAUGAAAUAUGCCCAAAAGGUCGGUUUCAGUUGAUGAACAGCGACUUGUUGGGAAGCGAGGUGAGCGAGUGGCCGAUCGAGUUGCGUCGUCUCCUGGAUCCGGACAGCGUCCUUCCAAAGCCUUCACCUCAGUUUUCUCUCGUUUGGUCGGCGCUUGGGGCUGUCCUCUUCUAUCUGAAAAAGUGCAUGAUCCAUGUCGACAUCUUCACAAUGAACAAAUUCACCUUUUCAAAUCAGAAAUUGGUAGCAAAACAUCAAUCAAGUUCCAUUUUUAUUCGAUCAAAUCAGAAACCGGCUUUGAAAGUUGUCGAUGGCGUGACCUGUUGGGACAAAAAAGUCCUCGUGCUGGACGGAACGACUCUUGAGAACCUCAACAUAGUGCCGAACAACAGCGAGAUUCAUGCGACGUCCCUCUACAACAUACUCAACAAAUGCGCAACACCGUUCGGUUAGGAAUACAUCCUUCUCAGAUGCACGCGAGGAUUUCAGGUCGCAGGCUUCUGCGAACUUGGCUUUGCGCUCCAACCUGCGAUGGAACAGUUAUCAAAGAGCGUCAGGAUGCCGUAGAAUGGCUGGCAUCGGCUCCAGCGAAAACCUUCGUCCAAAAGGCCACGACCCUUCUUCGCACUGUUCCCGACUUGGAACGUCUCCUUCAAAAGUUUCAACCUCAACGAAAGCUGCCAUAUCCUUUAUUUCAGAAUCCACACUCUCGGCUCAAAGUAUCGAGCCGAAAAACAUCCAGAUUCCCGUGCUCAGAUGUUCGACACCACGCGCACGAGCAAACGUAAAAUCAAAGAGCUCGUCUCGACAAUUCGUGGUUUCAAAACAUGCCAUGAGAUUCGCAAGCUGUACGACACCCUCCGAAUGGAAGGCGAAGGGUUUUUUUUUCCCUCAUUUGCAACUUUCAAAUAACUUUCCAGUUGCGAGCUUCUGGACGAAUGUCUAGGAAUCGAUGAACUGCGACCCCAUCUCGAGAACAACAUCAAGCACUUUGAAGUUUCAUAAUUGAACAAUCUUCGUCUAAUUUUUUGUUUGUAGAAAAUUUUUGAUCAUGACUCAGCUAUGGAGAAGGGAAAAAUUGAACCAAAAGCGGGAGUUGAUGAAAUGUUUGAAGAGGCAUGUGAAAACGUGAAAAAGGUUGAAAGUCGUAUCGAAGGCUACCGUAAGAAGCAAGAAAAAGCUCUCCAGUGCGAGGUUUUGGAAAUUCGAAACCAGUCGGAUCAGAUAUCAUUUCAGAUCACGUUCUCUGGUACGGGCAGAAACAGAUACCAGAUGGAAAUUCCAGAUACAAUCAAGCCUUCGAGCAAGUUUGAGAUGAAGGGUCAGCGUAAGGUUUGUUCGCCAAGGACUUUGCAGAAUUUUACUACGAUUGGUUUGCAGAAGUUCAAGCGGUACAUGACGGAUGACCUGCAGGAGCUGAUCGAAGAGUUGGGGGCGGCCGAAAGGAGCAGAGAUGCGUUGGCUGAGGACGCGACGCGCAAGAUGUUCGAGCUUUUCGAUCUGAGGUUGGUAUCCUAUCGUCUUUAACAGUAGUUGGAAGGAAAUGUAUUCAUUGAUGAGCUUCUUCUUCCAACGCCUUUGUACCACUUGAGCGGCGUCGAUCAGCCGAGGUCCUAUCCUGAUAUCAGUGAUGAGUGGAUUGGCUCUAGUUACAUCCGUCCUUGUGUUUGACGGCGGGGGAUUCUUAAAGUCGUGGUUUCCCACUACCAAGAUUUCUUAAACCUCGGGUCGAGGCAGAGAUCGAACUUGUCACUCUGUGGACCAUAGACAGGCACACAACCUGUUGCGCUACGGACCGCUCCGAUCUUUUAUCAGCAAAAAUUAAACUUCUCUUUUUCAGACGAGAAGAAUGGAUCGAAGCUUAUUCAGCCAUUAGCAAGUUCGACGUGGUCCUUAGUUUGGCGAAAUUUGCCACAUCGAGUGGCCUUCAGAUGUGCCGCCCUGAGUUUGACUAUAAAUCGGCGAAAGUUUGCCUACUUCUUGUACUCUCUGAUCGUUCCUUGUUUUCCUGCAGCCGUACGUCGACAUAGUGGAUGGCGUGCACCCGUGUCUGGCCCUUCAAACGACAGGAAACUUCUCAACCAACGUUCCAACUACCUUCAUUGGUAUGAGAUGAUAAAUUGACAGUAUGUCGAACUCUAGGUGGCCGAAAUAGAGUCUGUAAAUGUACGCUUCAUGAGAAAACCGAAGCUCGAUCAACUGAAACAAAUUCUCAAAUUUUAUCCCACUUGUUUUUUGUUUUAUUGUUUUGAAAAAAAAAUUGUCUUAGGAUAUAAUCCCUAUAGGGAUUAGGGCGGAGAACAACCCCCUUUGGGGGCCGAAAAAGUGGUCCCUGUAGAGAUUAAGGAUCUGACCGCUUUGCCCCUAAAACUCACCCUAUAGGUGCACCCUAAAGGAAUCUAUCAAUUUAUUAAAAAAAAAAAAACGCUUAUUUAUUCAGUUUUUCGCAUGAAAAUGCUUCUUCGAAAUGAGUUCAGAAAAUUUAUCUACUAUCAUGUCCACUAUAGGGACCAUUUUCGCAAGAUUUAGUAGGCCUUGUAAUGGUUAGUGAAGUGGUCCUUAGAGGGGACCCCCCAACCUGGUUAGAUCUGUCAAAAAAGUUUCAUUUUUGCUUGUUGACUGAAGCUCGUUAUCGAGUAAAAACACAGUAAGGCCUGAAGUACGAUUCUCAAGUGAAAAAAAAAAAUUGGAGCCUUUGUUUUCACUGAACUUUAGCAAACGACACGCGCCUCGGCGGCGAUGCACCUGAAGUGAUGCUGCUCACAGGUCCAAACAUGGGCGGCAAGUCGACUUUGAUGAGACAGACGGCGGUUCUAUGUGUCCUGGCGCAUUUGGUUUGCUUUCGUGACAUAUCCUGGAGGAAUCUAUGUCACGGCUUUAGGGAUCUUUGGUACCGGCGUCGAGCAUGAAACUGACUCCUGUCGACCGCAUCUUUACUAGAAUUGGGGCCAACGACCGAAUCAUGUGUGGUCAGUAACACCUUUAUCGAUACAGAGUGGAAAAAAAGAACCCCAGUUCCAGUUCUGUGUUUCAAAUAGGGAGUUGAUCGAAUUUUACAAAGUGUUUCAUAUUUUGGUUUUCUGUUUGGUUUUACUGUUGUCAAUUGUUAUAUUUAGUGUAAGAUUUUAUGUGAAAACCAUAGGUUCUUACACGCUUUUGCACCUUCUUCACAUCCUUCAUCAAACAAAAAACUGAAAAACAAAUAAAAAGGUUGAAAAAGAUUCCACUGAGGCUAUGAAAAGAACUCAAAAGCUUUUUCCCAUAAUUUUAGAGACUUUUAGAGGAACCUUUGCAGCUCCUUCUGACCGGGAAGGUCAUUUACCUUUUUGGUUUAGAAUGACCUGAAUUUUUUUCAAAAUUCUUCUCGGUGUACCAGAUAAAGGUUCUGAAGUUCUCAACCGGCACAACUUCUUAAUUUAUGAGAAAAAAAGACCCAAAGCUCGAAAACGACCCCUAUUUUGCAAAUUUUGAAGUUGGGAAGUAUUGAAAAAAAAAAACCAGACCUAGGCUCAUUAGGUAAAGAAAUUCUCACUUUUUAUCUGAAGGUUUUUUUGACAAAUUUGAGAAGAAAUUAUUCCUGACCUUUUUCUAAGUGCAUUGAUCUGAUAUAAAUUUUAAAAAAAAGUGCAUUUUUUCAAGGACAAUCGACCUUCUAUGUCGAGUUAAAUGAAAUGCAAGUGAUGCUCCGAGACGCCACCAUUCACUCAAUGCUUCUCAUCGACGAGCUGGGUCGCGGAACCAGGUGGUCCACUUGAAAAGCUGCUUGAAAAAGAAGGUUCCUAUCGAACAACAACAACUUUCAGCACUUUCGAUGGAACUGCCAUCGCCAGCGCUGUUCUGCAGCAUCUGGCCGACUUCGUCAAGAGCCGAGCCUUCUUUUCCACUCACUAUCAUUCGAUUUGCUCAGCUGUGGCUGGUAACCCAAACAUCCUCAUGGCACAUAUGGUUUCCAAACUUUUUCGAAUUUCAAUCAUUUUUAGCCGUUGUUUUUAGGCUUGUAAGGUUGAAAACGAGAACGACGAGGAUCCGACGGAUGAGUCGGUCACCUUUUUGUAUCGUUUGGCUGAGGGGAUUUGCCCCAAGUCGUACGGCUUCUUCGCGGCGAAAUUGGCUGGAAUCAAUGAAAAGGUGAAAUGAAAGUUCUGAAACCAUACAUGGGCAAGUGCAGAACUCACUACGCUUGGGAGGAGGGGUUGACUUACAAAAAAGUUAGAUAAUGACAUAUAGGAAUAAGUUUCAACUCCAUGGAGGUGGUACCGAAAAAAAAAAAGAAAAUGAGGGUUUUAACUGCAAGAGAUAGUAUUGUAUUUACUUUUGGGAGACUCGGAAGGAGGGUUUGGCGACCUCAAAAAUGGGCUGCCCGUGUAAGGGGAAAAUUUUGAAAGUGUAAAAAUUAUUGAUUUUUAUUUUGUAACAGCUGGGCUCCAUAGAAAUGUAAAAAAAAAAUUAUUUUGAGGUUCCUUUUUUGCGCCAUUUCAUCGGUUCUUAUGCACCCUUUUUCUACCAUUCCUCGAGCUUUCAAAAUCCCAGAAAAAGUGGAAGGCUCAAUAAAAAAAAAAUCUUUUUGCGGCCUUUUUUGAGCCUCUCCCUUUUAGCGGCCAUUUUCCACCAUUCCUCUUUGCCCGAGUAGUUAGAACCAUGAAUGCAUAUUUUUUUAAAAUCUUUUUUUUUCGUAAUUAUCUCAGGCAUGAUCUGCAAGAGCGGAAAAAGCUCGUUUUGAUCAUUGAAAUCUAUUCAGGUGGUCAGAGCCGCUUUUGCUGCGAGCAACCGGUUCGCCGAGAAAAUUGAAAACAAGUCGUCCACGUCGUGCUCCAAGAUGGCCCAGCUCCGCACGGCUGCUCGUGAUAGUUCGGUGAGCGUUGAGCAACUUCGGCGAAUGUUGGAUUCGUUUUAG